AUGACAGAACCCGAGACCCUGGCCCUGCUGGAGGUGAAGGGGUCUGAGGCCCCGGAGAAGAGCCCGCCCCAGGCCUUGGUCCCCAACGGCCGGCAGCCGGAAGGGGAAGGUGGGGCUGAGUCCUGUGGAGCCGAGUCCUCCAGGGCAGGGUCUUCUGCUGGGUCUCCCACAGCCGAAGAGGGGACUGAGGAUGGUCUCGACAGCACGGUAAGCGAAGCUGCCACCCUGCCCUGGGGGACUGGCCCUCAGCCCAGUGCCCCAUUCCCAGACCCCCCCGGAUGGCGGGACAUCGAGCCCGAGCCCCUCCGCUCAGAGCCACCCACCAAGCUAGAGGAGUUGUCCGAAGAUGAUGCCAACCUGCUGCCCGAGAAGGCGGCCCGGGCCUUUGUGCCCAUCGACCUGCAGUGCAUCGAGCGGCGGCCCCAGGAGGACCUGGUUGUGCGCUGCGAGGCGGGUGAAGGCGAGCUGAUAUACUGGCUGACCUUCGCCGUGGGCCGCUCCUUCCGAGGCUUCGGCUACGGCCUCACGUUCCUGCCCCUGCUGUCCAUGCUGGUGUGGAACCUGUACUACAUGUUCGUGGUGGAGCCCGAGCGCAUGCUCACCGCGGCCGAGAGCCGCCUCGACUACCCUGACCACGCCCGCUCGGCCUCGGACCACAGGCUCCGGCCCUGGGGCUGA